AUGAUGGAUAUUUCUUAUGAAGCAAGGUCUUAAUCAGUUAGGUAAGUUAUUCAAUAGCAUUCUUAAUCUCCAUAAAAUUAAGAAAACUCUGAUAGUAAAUACUUAAGCGCAAUAAAACUUUCUGAUUUCACUCUUUGUUUUGAAAAAGGAACAAAUAAAAACUUAAAAGAAGGUAAAAUUAAUAAAACUGAUUCAAGUUUGCAUUUAGAUAAAAGAACAUUUGAAUUAUUUGAUCACAGCUCAUGUAAAAAAGCCAUAAAAAAUGAAGAGAUUGUUUUACAAGAAGAAUUAGAAAAUUACGAACAAGCUUUAGUUACAAUACCACGCGCGCUUGAUGAAAAAUUAAACCACAAAUAAUAUAGCUUGAUAAACGAAACAUAUUUAUUAAACUAUCCUUCCAUUUUUUAUUAAGAUAAAUCAAAGCUAUAAAAAUUAUACUUUGAAUACAUUUUUAAAUAUUGA